AUGGACCGCACACAGAUCGCACACCUGGAUGAUGAGAGCUUUUAUUCGGUUGAGGAUACCUUGCCCGAUCCAUUCUCGGCCAUGCAUCCAAACCCUCGCUUCCACAUCCCGGCGAACGGGGAUGAAGGCAUUCGCAGUGUACCUCUUCCCGGUGUGCGUUGUCCAAAGUGUGCCAAGGAUGGCAAGGAGGUCUGGGUGAUACCUGGCCGUGCCUGUGGCUACUGUGGCACAGCUUGUGUGUAA